AUGGCCAUACUCCUUGCGUUCAUUGUCUUAUUAUUAGGGAAAAGCCACUAUAAUGAACUAGUAAGUGCUAGUACUGUAAAUGAAACAGUAGGAACAAAACAAGUUGUACGCGUUGGUGUGAUUCUUGGAUUGGAUUCUGGGGUCGGGAAGAUAGUAGAAAACUACUUAUCCAUGGCGCUUUCUGACUUCUACGCUGCAAAUCCAAAUUAUCAGACGAGGCUGGCUCUUUCAGUGAAGAGUUCUGACAAGGAUGCUGUAGUUGCAGCAUCAGCAGCUUUAGAGUUGAUGAAGAAUGAAGAAGUGCAGGCUAUAAUAGGGCCAGAGUGGUCAACAGAAGCAAAGUUUGUUACACAUCUUGGAAAGGAAGCUCAACUUCCUAUCAUUUCUAUUUCAUCUACUAGCCCCACUUUGUCUCCAAAGCAGAGUCCCUUUUUCAUUCGGACAUGCCAAGAUGAUUAUUCUCAGAUAAAACCUCUGGUGUCCAUUGUUCAACAAUUCGGUUGGCGCCAAGUUAUUGUGAUCUACGAAGACACAGAAUUCGGCAAAGGUUUCAUUCCUUAUUUAACAGAUGCCUUGCAGCAAUUUGAUACCCGGGUUGUUUACAGAAGUGUCAUUUCUCCAUCUUCCAAACAAUUGAAUAUUUCCAAAGAGCUUGAGAAGAUAAAGGCAAUGGAGACGAGGGUACUAUUGGUCCACAUGACAGCUUCUGUUGGAUCGAGUUUCUUUCCGCUGGCAGAACAGGCUGGGAUGAUGAGUGAAGGGUAUGUUUGGAUAGUCACCGAUGGGUUAUCAAGUUUGUUAGAUCCAAUGGACAAAAAUGUUAGCGAUUCGAUGCAUGGUGUUUUGGGUGUACGGCCCUUUGUGCCCGUGACGGAGCGUCUUCAAGACUUCAAAACCAGAUGGAAGCUUUCUGCAGAGAUAAACCUUUUUGGUUUGUGGGCGUACGAUACUAUUUGGGCAUUAGCUAAGGCUGUCGAGUCGGUUUCACAUGCUGCUAAAACAGAUAAUGAAUCAGCACAAAGUUCUAGCAGAAAUAUUGGAGGUCAUCGUGAUCUUCAUGUGUUUGGCUUGAAAGUCUCCGAAUCAGGUCCGAGACUUGUCAAAGAGUUGCGAGUUACGAGAUUUGAAGGUCUAAUUGGAGAAUUCCGUUUGAUUAGAGGACAGUUGCCGGUAGAAAAAUUCGAAAUAUUCAAUGUAAGAAGGAAAAUAGGUGAGAAAGUUAUUGGAUAUUGGAACCCCAAAGAAGGAAUAAUAUCUGGUUAUUUAGGGGAAAAUGGUAGUAUAGUAAGAAACUCAUCAAGUUCCAUAGAUGACGUCAAAGAGAGAAUCAUUUGGCCUGGAAAUUAUUAUGCAAAUGCUCCACCACCAAGAGGUUGGGUUAUACCUGUAUCAGGUAAGAAGUUGAGGAUCGGGGUCCCACUGACAGCUGCUGGUUUUAAAGGAUUUUUGGACAUAAAAUGGGAUCCUAAAACUCUUAAGGUCACCAACAUUUCGGGGUUCGGCUACGAUAUUUUCAAAGCUGCAUUAGAAAAGCUACCUUUUGAGAUUCCGCAUGAGUUUUUUGCAUAUGUAGACAGCGCAGGCCUGAGUAGCGGCACUUAUGAUGAUCUUCUUUACCAGAUUAAGCUUCAGAAGUAUGAUGCAGUAGUGGCAGAUACAACAAUUAAUGCAAAUAGGACGACCUAUGUCGAUUUUACAUUGCCAUAUAAUGAAUCAGGCGUCUCCAUGGUUGUAAAAGUUAAAGAUAAAAAUGUACAGGAUAUUUGGAGUUUUUUCAAGCCUCUAAAAUGGGAUCUUUGGUUAACAUUUGGAGCAGCCUUCUUCUUCACAGGGUUUUUGGUAUGGAUUAUUGAGCAUCGUACAAACGCAGAAUUCAGGGGUCCACCACGCCAGCAGCUUAAGAAAAUUUUUUUGUUCUCCUUCUUAGCUCCAGUGUUUGCUCAUGGAGAGAAGGUGAAGAACAAUUGGUCAAGAUUUGUGAUGACAAUCUGGGUUUUUGGGGCAUUCAUUGUUGCACAAAGUUAUACAGCUAGCUUAGCCUCAAUGUUGACAGUGCAAAGGUUGCAGCCAUCAUUUGUUGAUGUCAACGAGCUAAGGACGAAUAAUGAUUAUUUCGUUGGAUACCUAGAGAAUUCUUAUGUGAGAGGCCUUUUGAUCGAACAAUUGAACUUCAACGAGUCCAAGCUUAGGCACUACAAUUCCCCUGAGGAGUAUCAUCAUGCAUUGUCUAUAGGAAGCAAAAAUGGUGGAGUUGAUGCUAUAUUCGAAGAAAUACCCUACCUUAGGGUCUUCCUAGACAAGUAUUGCUCUAGAUACACAAUGGUCGGUCCGACCUACGAAUCUGAUGGCUUUGGCUUUGCGUUCCCAAUAGGGUCUCCACUUGUACCUUACAUUUCCAGGGCAAUCCUGAACGUCACAGAAGAUUAUAAGAAGAUGGAAGAACUGGAACAAAGGUGCUUCAACUGCGAUAUAGGUAGAAGGAGCUGGUACAAGGAGCUGGUCCGGAAAAUCCUUCUGUAUAAGGUUCGAAAUGGUGAGUUGAGGUAG